UUCAAACGACGCCGUUUCGUUAAUUUUUCGAAUAAAAGAGUAAAAGGGAAUCACGUUGGCGUGUCGCCUCGUCAUUGAUUUACGUACAAUAAAAACACGGCGGCGGCCAGAACUUUUGAAGGGUACUUUUGGAAUUUCACACCCACUUCUCUGAUAUUUUCUAUGAACUGAAAAUCUGCUCUUCCUUCUCCUUCUCCUCCGGCGAGAUCCCUCUCCGAAGCGGAUAGUUUAAUCAGUACCUCUAAAACGGAAUUGAAUAAUGAUACCUUAAGGAAUUUUAAUUAUAUUACCAUUUGAAAUUUUCCGCUGUUGGAAACUUUGUUCCUUUUGUUGUUGUUACAGGGGAGAUUUUUUCUGAUGAUGAUGGAGUGCGAAAUGGAGGCUUGGAUUUCCCCAAAUGGCGACAUGUCAUCGAUCGAUCUCGGAUAUGGCAGCUUCGGAAGGAGGUGUAAGAUUAGAGCUCCUUGUUGCAAUGAAAUAUUUGAUUGCAGACAUUGUCACAAUGAAGCUAAGAAUUCAUUAGAUGUGGAUCCUCUCUUACGCCACGACAUUCCUCGCCAGGAUAUGGAAAAAGUCAUCUGUUCCUUGUGUGGCACAGAACAAGAUGUGCGACAAUAUUGUAUUCAAUGUGGAGUUUGUAUGGGAAAGUACUUUUGCGCAAAGUGCAAGUUCUUUGAUGAUGAUGUUUCAAAGAAGCAGUACCAUUGUAAUGAAUGUGGUAUUUGCAGAGUUGGAGGUGAGGACAACUUUUUCCACUGCAAAAAGUGUGGUUGUUGCUAUUCAAAACUGAUGGAGAACUCCCACAAUUGUGUGGAAAAGGCAAUGCACCACAACUGUCCUGUUUGCUUUGAGUUUCUUUUCGAUACAAUGAGCGACAUUUCCGUUUUGCCAUGUGGACACACUAUUCAUUUAGAAUGUGUGAAGGAGAUGGAGCAACGUUUACAAUACACCUGCCCUGUUUGCUCAAAAUCCUAUUGCGAUAUGUCGAGCGUAUGGGAGAAACUCGAUCACGAGGUUGCAUCAACGCCGAUGCCACAAAUGUACCAACAUAAAAUGGUUUGGAUUCUUUGCAAUGACUGCAGUGAGAUAUCAGAGGUUAAUUAUCACAUUGUGGCGCACAAGUGCCUCAAAUGCAAGUCUUAUAAUACAAGGCUGACCCAAGGAGGGCCUUCUUCAUGUUCACCAAGGAUUGCUCAAAUUGUGAGAUAAUAUGACUGAUUUCUAGGCAUAAGAUUUGUUUUAGAGGGUCUUUCUCUAGCAUUAUUUCUAGUUGCUAACUUAUCAUUACAAGGCAUUCAUUUAACUCUUAGCUGGUGGUUUCUUUCUUUGUAACCAUCAAUUGUUGUAUUGGAAAAUAAUUGACGUAUUAUGUUUAGUCAAUUGGAAUUGAAAGCCAACGGGUCCUUAUUUUAUAGAGUUUGUAUCA